UCAUCCUGCUCCCUGGAUUUGUUAAGUAGCGGCUCCCCCUCCUCUCUUCCUCUUCUCCCCGUCCACAAUUAUAAGCAGCAGCCGCCUAGACGCUUCCGCGCAUUUCGCCGUCCACGAACAACAACAAGAACAACCACCAACAGCAGAGAAAAAGAUGAGUGGCAUGGCAUGUUAUCUCCUGCCAGAAGGUGGAAACAUCUUCCCUUCUGAUGAAGAACUUUUUGAGAAUCAAAACGCGGAGCAAGGAGAUUACUGGACACAGUGGAAUUCAAGACUAUCUGAUGAUCUGAACACAAGUAGCAUAUAUUCAGACAAGCAUGAAGAAGGCUCUGCACAAUGUUUCGAUGCCGAUGAACAUCAACGGAGCAACCAAUGCGAGAGGUCAUCCGAAUGUGACAGGGCUGCAUCUUCAGGUUGUAGUACAGGGCAAUCGGAAGAACAAUCUAAGGGUCCAGCACCGUUGGAGCUACAGCAGACAAAGGAAACGAACGACAUAUUCUUGAGUCAAUUUUCGGAUGAUGAAAUGAGGAUGAUGGAUACGCCGUUUCAAGCACUGGAUAUGUUCCCAGGCUCCAUGCACCGGCUGCUGUCCUAUGAGAACAUGCUGAGCGGAGUAUUAACCGAUUCUACAAAUCAAGUAGCAAAUCAAGAUCGUAAUGAAAUGGACACCAUGGACACUUGUGGCUUCCCAUUGUUCAGCCAUGACCUGCAAGAUGAUCCAAGCAACGCAGACGGCAGCAUAGAGACACUAGUAAACCCCUCCAUGGACAAGUCUGAGGUGAGCACCAUGAAACGGAGCUGGUCCACUGCUGAUAUAGAGAGUUCCUCUAACGGGGAAGGAGCAGUGCUUGAGGAACUUGAAGAUGUAGUGUUUCAGCUGACAAAGAAGAUGCGUGUCUGCCUCCGUGACGCUUUCUACAGGCUGGCUGAAAGCUCGGAAGCGCAGUGCACCUCUGCAAAUGGAGAAACAAUCACGAUCACAAACGAACAAGGUUUUCAGCUAUCAGAAGGCAUUGAGUCUAGCAGCUCGGCAUCAGACCGUGUGGAGCGAGAGACAAACGCAAUAGACAGAACCGUGGCCAUCCUCGCGUUCAAGCCUCCUUGCUCAACCCUGUGGGAAUGAUCGCUGCGCCGGGGACAAAAGAGCGUGAAGCAGUCCAUCCGUUUUCUAGCUGGACUACAAGCAGAGGAGGCUAGCUUUCGAAAUACUCUCGUGGGGCUACCACGCCGGUUUGCCUAACGCAGAAAUGUACAUGUACUAAAUAUGUUGCUAGGGAUAUUUUUGCUCUGAGAUUGCAAGUAGAGACCCAGCAUGAGAUUAUGUAAUCUCAUGCAUGUGUAAUGACUUAACCUCGUUGUCAAAUUCUUUUUCCGGCACAAGAAUGAUGAUAUAUGUACUGCUAUUGUCA